ACUACAUCUCACUCCAACCCAACUCGAACUUCCACCAGCUUCUCAACUUCUCAUCCUCACAUAUCAAAUACUUAUCAGAACCAACAAGAUGCCUCACAAUUUUCAAUUCGAUCCCCCCAAAUCAUCGUCCUUAUCCCUCUCGUAUCCUCGUCCUGGUAUUAUGGUAGUGACCAUAUCACGACCACAGGCAAUGAACAGCCUGCCUUACCCAGCACAUUACGAAGCGGAUGCCAUAUUUACUUGGUACGAUAACGAGCCUUCUCUCCGUGUCGCUAUCAUUACCGGCUCUGGACCUAAAGCCUUCUGCGCGGGACAAGAUCUCAUCGAACUUAAUAGUGCAAAGUCGGCUCCAUCAUUCUCGGCGGAUCCGACCGGACGGGGCGGGAGAGGACACCCCCCGAGUGGGUUUGCUGGGAUUUCUCGAAGAAAAGGAAAGAAGCCUAUCAUUGCGGCCGUGAAUGGGUUUGCACUGGGGGGAGGCUUCGAGAUAUGCUUGAAUUGCGACCUUAUAGUUGCUUCUCCAACGGCGACAUUCGGUCUUCCAGAAGCACAGGUUGGUCUAUACGCCGCUGCUGGAGGCUUACCUCGCCUCGUUCGAAAUGUUGGGCUUCCUUUGGCUUCAGAAAUCGCGUUGACCAAUCGAAAACUCACGGCCGAGGAAGCAUUAAAGUUCAAUCUCAUCAACAAGAUCUCCGAGACCAGAGAAAGUGUUCUUGAUGAAGCUAUAGAGAUGGCCGCAAAGAUCUGUACACUGUCACCUGAUGCCGUGGUUGUUACACGAGCUGGACUUAGAGAAGCGUGGGAAGUUGCCAGUGUAGAAGAGGCAAGGAGAUUGGUGGCAGACAGGUAUGAGAAAAGUCUGUUCUCGGGAGAGAAUAUGAGGAUUGGAUUGAAGGCUUUUGCGACCAAGACGAAACCCGAGUGGGUGCCCAGCAAGUUAUGAUCGACUACCAUCUACGUCUCUGGGUCGAACACCUAUCUGACUCUCAAUAAUCAAAUUCGACUUUAUACACAUGUAUAAUGUUCCCAAUCCCACUGCUUACAUAGAGAGUCUUGUGACUGCCAUCUGGGCUCCAAAAAGGAUGCACGUUCACGCCGUACCCUGGGAUGGUCUCGAUGUUAUACGGUCCAGUAAACGGCCCAUAUGGUGUCUCGCUCGCAUAGAACAUAAUCGC